AUGGACGGGCCCGAUUUGUCGGGUUUACGACCACAGGCCGCCUUGACUUCCGGUCAUUCUCUUACUGACUCCUCUCAUCCCCCGACCAAGAAGAAGUCAAGGAGGGGCGGGGAUCCGUCCAGUCAAAAACGCCGAUGCGUCAGCACCGCAUGCAUAGCCUGUCGUCGUCGGAAGUCGAAAUGCGAUGGCGCGCUCCCGAGUUGCGCCGCGUGCGCAAGCGUGUAUGGUACUGAGUGUGUCUAUGAUCCCAACUCGGAUCAUCGCCGAAAAGGGGUUUAUAGAGAGAAGAUCGACAGUAUGAAGGCGCGAAACUCUACUCUCCAAAUCCUAAUCGAAGCUAUCCUCAAUGCAGAUGAAGACGAUGUUCCCGAAGUAGUCAAGAGAAUACGAACCUGCGAUAGCUUGGAUGCCGUGGCCGAGUCAAUCCUUAAACAAGAAGAGUUCGGUAGUGUAGGAAUAGAAGAUGAAGAUCAGAUAGAGAACGACUAUACUACUGAUAUGCCUGUUGAGGGCGAGAGGGAUCUUGCUCGGAAGAUGGGGGAGUUACGGCUGGAAAACGGCUCGACGCGCUUCAUCGGUGGUACCUCUCACCUGAUACACUGGGAUAUACAUGGGGCACCGAAUCCGGAAUACGAGUCCCGGAAUACUACCGGCGCAGUCGAUAAAGAUCCUGUCACGAGUUGGUCUGAUGUAACGAAGGAUCGAGAAGUUGUUAAACAUCUUCUCGAUAUGUACUUCAACUGGCAUUAUCCGUACUUCACCACGUUGUCACGGGCUCUGUUCUAUCGCGACUUUCUAAAUGGGAGAUCAAAUAUCUCGCCGAAUAAAGUUGCAUAUUGUUCGCCUUUAUUAGUCAAUGCGAUGCUCGCGCUGGGAUGCCACUUUACUGAUGCUGCUUGCGCCUUCGGUACAACUGGAGAUAGCUGGACCAAAGGAGAUCAUUUCUUCGCCGAGGCUAAGAGACUAAUUGUUGACAACGACGAGUACGAAAAGCCUCGGUUAACGACAGUUCAGGCUUUAGCUCUUAUGUCUGUACGAGAAGCGGGUUGUGGACGAGAAGCCAAGGGUUGGGUAUAUAGCGGUAUGAGUUUCAGGAUGGCACAAGAUUUAGGGCUCAACCUGGAUAUCGGUGGCAUCAAGGGCGAUAACGAUAAUUUGGACGACCACGAGGUAGAUGCGCGGAGAGUCACUUUCUGGGGCUGCUUCGUGUUCGAUAAGUGCUGGUCAAAUUACUUAGGUCGACUUCCUCAGCUACCAAAGAAUUCCUACAGCGUUCCCAAAUAUGACGUUUUCCCAGACGAAGAUGCCGAACCCUGGUGUCCGUAUACCGAUUCUGGGUUUGAAGAGUCAGCAAGGCAGCCGUCGCGAACCCGUACGGUCGGUCUACAAUUAUCUAAAUUGUGUGAAAUUAGUGGCGACCUUCUCUUAUUCUUCUAUCAUCCAAAUCACAUAGGGCGAUCGAGCGGCAAGUCAAUCGAGCUCAAAAAAUUGAGCGAACUACAUCGGCGUCUGGAGGAUUGGCGAAAAGAGUUACCCAAGGAGCUUGAACCUAAGGAGGGCCAAUUACCUAAUGUCAUUUUAAUGCACAUGUUCUUCCAUCUUCAAUAUAUCCACCUCUUUCGCCCUUUUCUCAAAUACUCUCCAGCUACGUCCCCCUUACCACCUCAUGUAUCUCCCCGGAGAAUAUGUACCGCAAACGCGGGUGCCAUCUCCAAAUUGAUGAGAUUAUAUAAGAAGCUUUACAACUUACGCCAAAUCUGUAAUAUUGCAGUGUAUAUGCUACAUUCUGCUUGCACUAUUCAUAUACUUAAUCUCCCCGAGAAGACUGCGAGGAGGGAUAUCAUUCACGGUGUAAAGCAUCUCGAAGAGAUUGCAGAAGAUUGGCUCUGUGGGCGACGAACUCUUAGCAUAAUUAGCGUUCUCGCUCGUAAGUGGAAUGUUGAGCUUCCUGAAGAGGCUUCUCAUGUUUUACAGCGUACGGAUGAAAGGUGGGGUACUUUCAAGACAUCUGAUGUACCUUCGCCCCGUUCGCACAUGGCUAUAUCUCCAUCGCCUCCAGCUGUGGCGAUGUCACCGCCAGGGAAAGUUGAACACAGUCCCGCGAGUCACAAUACUCCCCCGACUUCAGUCCCAUCACCAACAGGCGGCCCGGGACCAACGGUCCCACCCGAGAUAAUGCAGAGCUUAAACUCAUCACCACCCAGCUUCCAACCUGAUGCACAAAUCCCGCAGCCAGUGUUGGAUAGUGUGGUUAUUAUGGGUAAUUCGGUGCCCUUAGAUACAAACGAAUUAAGUAGACCAGAUUGGCGCCAGCCUCCGACUACACAGAAUGUUCUCAGCUAUCCGCAGGCUUUCCCUCGAAUUCCAAAUAACACCAGCUCUAACCAAGCAUCCCAAGGUGCGAGACGAAACCAAGCUCCGAAUUCCAUUUACGCCGUUGAUGGACAAGACUGGUAUCUUAAAGAUGGUGUAAACUGGCAGUCGGGCUUCGAUACCUGGAAUAUGGGGAAUGGACCAUCCGGCUCGAAUAUAUCGGAUCCAUCCAUGUUCAUAUUCACUUCUAACCCGCCUGCUAAUAAUGCUGGACGCUCUCUCGCUCCCAUGGAUUUCAACUUCGAGGGCCUUAAUAACUUAUCUUCUUCCAUGGACGGAUGGGAUCUUCCAAAUUUGGAGUAA